AUGGAUCGACAGGCUGGUUUCUUAGGCAAAAACGAGCGAGGAGAGGGAACCAGGCCUGAAAUAGAGCACAACACGGUCAACGCAUCUAGCAAUGUUCACAAGGCAUCGCCUAGAAAUCCACUAGAUAGCUUUGACAACGAUAUCUCAGGUGGUCCAUUUGCGAGCUCAAGUAAUUAUUCCACUACAGCACAUCCUAAUACCACGAUAUCACCUCAAACACCACCGGCCUCAGAACUUGAAACACUACCAACGCCAUUACCAUCGGGUGACGUAUAUCAUGAUAAGGGUGAACAUAGUCGAGUAACCAAUAUUGACAUGUCAGCUAGUGAAGAAGCAUCUAGAUCGGCGACUGUAAAUAGUGGCUCUGUUGAGAUUAAGGAACUUACAGAAGACGAAGAUAUUGAUGAUGAAUCUGAAGAGGAGAUUGGCGAGGAUGAUGAGGAGUACGUUGAUAUUGAUUCUUCACCCACAAAACGUAAAAGCAGCCAGAGAAGACGAUCACGUGGUUCACAUAAAGUAAAUGAUGGAUCACGGCCGAGCUCCCCUACUCCAUCGGGUGGACGUAAUGCGGUAGCACCAAAGCCUGAGCCUGAUUCUGGAAACCCUCUGUCAGGAUUGGGUCAAAGUUUGCCCCGCUCAGGACCAAGUGUUCCCCAAGCUCUUCCAAUGAAUUGGAGAAACCCUCCACCUGAACCCGCAGGGGCAUCCGAGUUUGUUUCUCUUACUGAACAAGAUAUUGAAACAUUACCAGAAUCAUCUUUAAGACCAACUUUGCAAAGGGCUACUAAGACUAUUCAAGAAUACCGGGCAGCAUUGCGGAAAUACGAAUCUCUCAUUGCUCAUUACAAACUACAGAACAAACUACUUACUAUAGAGACUCAUGAAGCAGCACAGCGGCAUGAGGUAGAAACAAGCAUAGCCAAGCGAGAAGUUGACCGGCUAAGAAUUGAAACUAUGGCAGCAGCCAAGGCUGCUCAAAAUGCAGCUGCUGCAAAAGCGGCUGCUCCGUCCUCUGAAAUUAUUGACGACCUUCAGAGUGCUCUUGAAUCUUAUAAAAGACGACUUCGCAAGACGAGAACGAAAUUACAAAUUGCUACGGAUCAAUUAGAGGAUAAAGACGAAGAAAUUGAACGUCUAAGGCGUGGGCUUAGCGAUAUGGCUACUAGUUUUAGUAGGGAAUCUGGACCCUCUGUAACUGUUCCUACUUCGGGUCCUCCCAGUCAUGGUCCUGUUGUUGGCCCCUUGCCAGGGAUGAGUUCUGGUCCUCCAAUUAAUAGCCCUGUUUCUAUGGCACCAGGAGGGCCAGUGUAUUAUGCCAAUACUCCUGGCCCAUCUCAGCAGCCACCAAUUGGGCCCAUGUCUCCAUCACAAAAUCUUCGAACUCCAUUCACGCAUUUGCCACCUCGUCAGCAUCAAAGAGAUUCGUCUUCUGCAUCUGACGAUAGUGGACAAGGACUUUCGGCAUUAGAAAUGUUGGCCAGUCAAGUCCUCAGUCAGCAGCGAAUCCCGCCAUCUCCACUCAGACGCCAGCCGCAACAGCAUGAGAAUAUACAACAACAGCAACUUCAACAGCAGCAGCAGCAAUCACAGCAACCUCUGCUUCCUCUUCCAACACCAUCUCGUCAGCGUUCACAAGGGCUAAUGAGCCCUCUUGAGUUUAAUGAAGCCUCCUCAGUGCCAUCACUCCAUGCAGUUCAGGCUAUGUCACCAGAAAAACGUAGAAGAGAAUCCAGUGCUUCCACGAUCACUAUUCCAACUGAUGGUGAAGAUGAAGGGGAUGAACAUGAUGUAAACGGGACAGACGAAGAAGUGGAAGAUGAUGAUGAUGAUGACUAUAAGGAGUCAGCUGGAAGAGAUGAAAGCACUGCUGUACGUCGCAGUGGUAGACUAAGUAGAGAGGGAAAACGUCGUUCUGGUGGAAGUGCUCAAGUAUUUACCACCGGUGCAGAAACUGAUGUUGAGGAGAGCGAUGAUUCGAAAGAUGAUUCUGAUAUCGACAAUGGCAGGCAAGGUGGUAUGAGAAGUAGUCGUGGGACCCGUUCCCAGCGACAAAACAGUCGCCAGAGGGUGCCGGUAUCAUCUGAGUCGCCCAACAGACGAUCCAGUCCAGGUUCACCCAAGAAAUAUAUUCGAAAAGAACGCAACGAUACACAAUCAUCUAGCAAGCCAUCUGCUUCCUCGUCCUCAUCUAAACGCAUGCCUGUAGGGCGGAUUCUCGACUUUGGGAACUAA